UCAAAUUUCAGUUGAUGCAACUAAGGGUUCAUAUAUCAAAGGAAAAAGAUGCAGAGACCUUUGUUAGUCUUCCUCGUAAUUUGGUAGCUCCACUUUUAAAUUCCAAGGCUGUGGAUUUAGAACCUAUUGUAAUACCUUUGAAGAUAUCUUGGAACGUCAGUCAAAGUUUUCAAGGAGGUCUUUUUUCUCGCAGUGGAGACAACAACCACAGUAAAGGAAUAAGAGUCGCAUAUGUUGCAUGGAGUGGCAGUUCUAGCUCUCAGUUGCAGACUUUUGAAGUAGGCUCACUACUGGCCGAAGUAUUGCAGCUAGAAGAGGACCAAAUAGUUCAAGUGGAGCCAGUGGCGCCAAAGGAUUGUCAAAAGGCCACACGAGUUUUUCUACAGACUGUCAGUGAUGAGGACUGGAGUCUUGUAGCGUUACAUAGGGACUAUCUUGAAGAGGUAUUGCUUAAUCAAGUGAGGUUGGUUUCACUGGGUCAAACUAUUCCCAUAAGACUUAGUGGAAAUACACAAGUACUAUUGGUAGUUACAGACGUCUUACCAAGAAGUGCUUGUAGUUUGUUAGAGUACGAUAGUAUACUUCAAGUAGAACCUCCAUCUUCGUUGCCUCUGGAAAGUCAUGGUUCCUCCGACACAAAGAAAACUACAACAAAAGGCCUGAAUACAAGGGACUCUAAAAGUAGAUCCCGUAUAUUUCGCAUUUUAUACACUUACGACGAAAGAUAUUAUUAUGGCGUUCUCAUGCAUCCUAAGACAGCCCAUACACUACAACUUGGUGAAGGUGACUUUUUACAGUUAACAGACUCAGAGGCUCACGUAAUAUCACGCGUCAGUUUGGAUUCUUCGGUUCCUUUGUCUCAUGUCAUGUUGCAUUUUUAUCAAGCAGUAGUUGUUGGAUUUAGAAAUGGCUCGAGAGCAUUUGCACUUCCUGUGAAAGAAGACAAGACUCGUACCCCGAAAAGUAUACUUUUAUACACUUUCAUGGAUAACAAAGGACUUGAUAUGAAUGAAGAAGGCAGUCGUCAGUGGUUGAAAGAUGCUUUGUCUAGCAUUCAUUCUGAACAUUUACUUUGUACGAAUCGUAUAUGGAUAUCCAAUCCUCACUCACAAAUAACUGCACAAGCUCUUUUAUGUUUUGAUGAACAUCGACUAGAAGAAGAACUCCCUAUUUCUAAGCAUGAUGAACCGUGGCAUCCCAAAAGUGAUGUUGAAGAGUCGCCAAAGAGCAUAAAGUCAUCUAAUGAUAUAUUGCAAGAAUCUAAUAGUUACUUUUCUUUGGUUCAUUACCGCCUUGAUAUUCGUAGCUGCCAAGAUGUAGUCAUUCAUCGAGCAACUUUGCCUUCCAAAUGGCUGUCUGCUUUGGAACAAAUGAAACUUAUCUCAAAAAGAGUUUUGUAUUUAGACCAAAUGAAGGUGAUAGGAGAAGCUCCGCAAGAAAUAUUGAAGUGUCUAUACGACCAUUUAUCGCCUAUUUUUUCAUAUUAUGAUCCUUAUGUGUUACAAGAGCAUCAUUUGGAUACCAUUGCUCCUCCGUUUGACGUAAAACCAGCUUGUUGUCACUUUUUUCAUUGUCCAUCAGGUUAUGGAAGUACUUUCUUGGUUGCCAAGUUGGAAAGGAAAUUUGUUCAACGCUUACCUAAUCCUGUUCAAGUUAUAUCUUUGCACCUGAAUAUCCAUGCUGGAGAGCCUUGGAAUCAAACCUGCAAUCGAAUCCGUGAUACAUUUACGUUGGCUUAUCGUUGUCGACCCUCUUUGAUUAUUUUCUUUGAUAGCCAAGAAAUGUUUUGUCAUUCCUCCCAAAAUUCACCUGAAGAAAGGGAUGUUUGUAAGGAGAGCCUAGAAGCAUUGGUAAUCGAGUAUAUCGAAGCAUGUUUUUAUUUAGGUGGAAUCGCAAUAUUGUUUGUUUCCAAGCAACCGUUGAUCAACUAUCCCACAAAAUUUUUACAGGCUGGUUUGUUUGCAGAAACCUUUACCUUAGAUUCUUUAACUAUGGAAGAUAAAAUGGCAAUACUCAAAGAAGAGUUGAAAGAUAUGCAAAUAGAAUCAUUUGUUUGGGAGCAUUUGCAAGGUGCUUUAGAUGGUUGUUCGAUAAAAGAUCUCCAGCGAUUGGUUCGUCGACUAAUUUUGUUUGCCGAUACAAAUUGCAUCAUCACAGAAGAAGUCGUAACCAAAGCAUUAAAUGGCUUUAAACCUGUUGCAUUUAUGGGUCAAGCUUCUAGUAGCCACGAAGAGGAGUCGGAAGCUAAGGAUUUCAGUCAAAUCGGUGGUUUAUAUCAAGCAAAGGAACUCAUUAAAGACAUUUUAGAGUUGCCACUGAAAUAUUCGAAAUUAUUUGCUUCAGCUCCUAUUCGAUUGGCCUCUGGUGCUUUGAUCUAUGGCCCUCCAGGUUGCGGAAAAACUUUACUUGUUCGAGCCGCUGCCAAACAGUUCCAUCUUCGCAUGAUCACCGUGAAAGGUCCAGAAUUGUUGAACAAAUAUAUUGGUGCCAGUGAAGCUGCUGUUCGUUCAUGUUUUCAUAGAGCAGCUUCUUUAGCACCUUGUAUUUUGUUUUUCGAUGAAUUGGAAAGUUUGGCUCCACAACGUGGCAGUGACUCUACUGGUGUUUCGGAUAGAGUGGUCAAUUCGUUGUUGGCAGAAUUGGAUGGAGUUGAACCUCUUCAAAAAGGAGUUUUCGUUAUCGCAGCAACAAGUAGACCAGAUCUUGUGGAUUCUGCUUUACUAAGGCCUGGUAGAUUGGAUAAAUGGAUACAAUUGGAUAUACCAACGAUGGAAGAAAGGAAGGAAAUUUUUUCCAUUUUAUUAAAUUCAUUAUCUGAGAAAAUAGAUUUGGAGUAUUUUGCCAGAACAACGGAAGGUUACACAGGUGCUGAUUUGCGGUCAAUUGUAUCCAAUGCUCAUUUGAAACGAUUGAAAAGGAAUUUGCAUGUAAAUCAUGUGGAGACUGAGCAAGAAGAGGAUGUUGUGGGUGAUGGAAUAGAUCAAGACUUGAAGGAUUCGUUGAGAGAAAGCGUGGCAUCUUUGAGCAUCCAAGAAAGAGAGAAAUAUGCACGUAUUGCUAAGAAAAUGACACGAAAGGAUGGAAGCGCUAUGCAUGGAAGUCACAAGGCCCGAGUUGCCUUGCAGUAAUGAUUUGGAUGUCUUUGAGUGAACAGUGAUGCCAAGU